UCCAGCUCAAUUCCAUUCCAUUUCACGUUGCCUUUCAAAGACUUGACUUUAAUUUCAAACAAGUGUCGUGGAGAGCGGUUAAAGCCGAGGAUAAUGACAGAAAAAUACAGAAAGCUGCACCAGCAGUUCCUCUGCUGCUAUCCCGUUAACAAAAUGGCCUGGUCUUCCGUCAACCUGCCGUUGAGUUGGGAGGAGCAGCAGGCCCUCAUGGACGCCACAUGUCGCCAUCCGCUGAAUCGGCGCUAUCCGGUGCGGCGUAGCUACGUGGAGGCCUUUAUCAAGCAGCUGAUGCAUUUACUCAAGGACCAGGACGAGGUGCACGACGACAUAUACGGCAGCCUGUGCAACCGGAUGGCCGAGGGUUCGGAUUCGGGCACGGCUUAUUCCUACAAACACUAUAUCCUGCAGCCGGAUGCCUGCAUCACGCUCCGCGAGUCCAAUAGCUUUGUUAGUGAAGGCACAACGGGAUUGUGCACCUGGGAGGCUGCGCUGGCCCUGGCCGAUUACCUGGUGGAGCAUCCCGAUCUGGUGCGCGGCAAAAAUGUUGUGGAGCUGGGCGCUGGAGCUGGAUUACUGGGCAUCCUCUUGAAAUUGCCGGCCAUGUCGAUGCAGGCGAAACAGGUUCUCAUCACCGAUGGCAGUGAGCCGUGCGUCCAGUUGAUGCGCGAGAAUAUAGCCCUGAAUUUCACGGAUUCAGCGGCGGAGCAGGCGCCAAAAGCAGAGCAACUGCGCUGGGAUGCAAUUAGCGAGUUCCCAUGGCAGGAUUAUGCUGAAACGGAUCUGCUGCUAGCCGCCGAUGUGAUCUAUGACGAUUCCCAGUUCGAUGCUUUGCUGGGCGCCAUGGAUUACUUCUACACGAGGCGGGGCCGUCAGCUGGAAAUGCUUCUGGCCAGCACUGUGCGGAAUGUGGACACGCUGCAUAAGUUUAUGACCAAGCUGCGCAUUUGCAACUACAAGGUGACUCCCUGCGCGAAUGUCUCUGCUUGUGCCAGCCACUUUUGUCGCGAUCACACAGCCGCCGUUCAGGUUAUCUCCAUUAGACGCUACUCUUAGCCCCCUUAAAAUAAACCGAUAAUAAAAUAACG